AAAUAGGUUGUUUCUGUCAGAUUUGAAGAACGAGAAGGUCAUUUGUUUGAGCCGGGUUUUUAUUAAACUUGUACUAAUUUCAGUCGAAAAAUGCCAGGAAAGUACAAAAUUGUUAUGAUUCGCCAUGGCGAAAGCGAGUGGAACCAGAAAAAUUUGUUCUGCGGCUGGUUCGACGCCGAUCUUAGUCCUAAAGGUCGUGAGGAGGCAGUAGCUGCAGGCAAGGCCUUGAAAGCUGAAGGCUAUCAGUUCGACGUCGCACAUACAUCAGUCCUGAAGAGAGCUCAAAUCACACUGAACACCGUACUUCAAGAGAUCGGCCAAACUGAAUUGCCCACAAACAAAACUUGGCGCCUAAACGAGAGGCACUAUGGUGGACUUACUGGCCUUAACAAAGCCGAAACUGCUGCCAGAUAUGGUGAACAACAGGUUCAAAUCUGGCGCAGAAGCUUCGACAUACCUCCACCACCCAUGGAGAAGGAUCACCCCUAUUAUGAAACCAUUGUAAAGGACCCCCGCUAUGCUAGUGACCCAAAACCUGAAGAGUUCCCCAUGUAUGAGAGCUUGAAACUGACAAUUGAAAGGACACUGCCAUACUGGAAUGAAGUCAUUGUGCCACAGAUCAAAGAAGGCCAGAGAAUAAUCAUUGCCGCUCACGGUAACAGUCUCAGGGGCAUCGUCAAGCAUUUAGAUGGGCUCAGUGACGCUGCCAUCAUGGAGCUGAACCUGCCAACCGGUAUCCCAUUUGUCUAUGAACUUGAUGAAAACUUGAAGCCCGUUGACUCUAUGGUCUUUCUCGGUGACGAAGAAACCGUGAAGAAGGCCAUGGCUGCUGUCGCCGCACAAGGCAAGGCCAAGUAAACCAUAGACAAUCAUACAACCAUAGAGUAAUAAGUGUAAUCUAUUUAUUUAUGAGAAAUGCGUCUCUGAGAUUGUUAAUGUUAGACUUUAUCAAAAUUUAAAUAUUUUCUCGAAUUAUAGAAAUUCGUGACUAUAAAAUAACAUCAAUGUGCAAUGUUUUUCUAAAAAUAUGUUUUUUCUUAAGAAAUGUUCUAAUGUCGUCGCUGGGUCAACAACAGCUGUUAUCAUAGCUAUUUAUUGUAGCACUGUGCUUGUGGAAUAAUAAAAAUAUAAUUUGAGUUA